AUGGUUUUGAAGGACUCAACUGAAGAGAUGUUUCCUAAAUGGCCGGGUGAACCUGACGACCCACAACUCGUUAGCUUGAUACCAGACAUACAUGCAGGUAGAUCUGUGAAAGGUUUUUGGGAAGUGCAGGGGAAUACGCAGGGUAAUGCGCAGGGGAAGGGGAAUGAGAAGAAGAAGAAAAUGAAGGGUGGAGUUUCGUCAGAAGCUGAGCCACCCACUAAGAAGCAGAAGAAAGUUAAGACACAAAAUGAGUCUGAAGCUGCUGCAGCGGGAAAGGGUUCUAUCGAGAAGGAAGGUAGCAAAUAUUUGGAGUUGGAGAACAAAGCGACUCUGGCGACCAUUGUGAGUACUCUGGAUAAUAUUUCCACGAAAUUUGAGCAGUUUGACUCACGGUUGGAAGCUUACGAGUUAGACCGGAACAGACCAUUGAUGGACCAAAAGACCAUUGAUGACAAGGUGAAAGCUUUACUGGAGGAGCGUCUGAAAGUUCUGGGAGUUGGGAAAAUUCCCGAAAACAAUGAUAACCCUUCUCCACCAUCAGCAGAUAAAGCUUUAUCGUUGGCAUCACCGCGGGUUAAAACACAGCAAAACUCUGUUAAUAGUCCAGCGUUAGCUGCGACUUUUGGUAAGGUUUUUGGACCGAAAAAGAAUUUGGCGAAGGAGCUUGAUAAGGAAUCAGGGGUGAAAAGGACUUUGGCUGAGGAGUUUGGUAGUGUCGCAAAAGCUACUGAUCUUGAUAGUCAACAUAUUGAUUUCGUAUUAGUUUCUCCUUCAAAGGCUACUAAGGAAGAUAAGGAUGCUAAGGUUCCAGCCUAUGGAUGCGGCUGUAGGGGUAAGCGUAUUGUUAAGGGUGAGGAAGCCGAUGAGAAAAAAAAAGCAGCGCAGGCGGAUGCUGCAUUUAAGAGGAAGGAGAAGGCUGAGGCUAAGAAAAAAGCGGCUGAGGCUAAGAAAAAAGAUGCUGAGGCUAAAAAAAAAGAGGCUGAGGUUUCUUCACCACUAGUUUUUCCAUACGUUGGAGACGAUGGAACAACGUGCAUGAGGAAGAAUGUUACUCCUUCAUCAGUAAUAUAUGACCCUAUAGCACCUAUUGAUCCGGUGCUAUUAGAAAAACUGAUGCAUCACAUUAAGGGAAUUCCACCCAAACCACCAGCACCAGCAGAUAAACCAGCAGUCCUCUCCACUGAUCAUGAGGGUGAUUUCUACAGCAUACUCAUCCAUGAAAGACUGUGGCCGGAAAAGGAAUAUGGAUGGGUGUUUGAUAAUUUCAAGAUAAAACCUAGUAUGUUCAGUUUCAAAGGCAAUGGUUAUGAAGAUAUGUUAAAGGGUAAGCUUCCUGAUCAAUGUCCAACAAACUUGAAGUGGUAUGAAGAUGUGGAUCACUUGUACGGAUGUCUUCGAACCCGCGGAAAUCACUGGGUUGCGUAUCAUGUGGAUCUGAAGAAGGAGAAGAUUGAUUGCUACGAUCCAAUCUUUGGAGAGUUUGUGGAGUGUCUAGCGCUUGGUGUAACGUUUGAUGGGAUAAACGAUAAAAAUAUUCAAGGUUUACGGAUGAAGAUGGCAGCAGAGAUCCUCGAUGAAGGAGGAAAUUCUGUGAUGAGCAAUUUGCUGGCUAAUUGA